AUGCUACUACGCGACACUCAGGACUAUUGCACAGAUUCGGAGUGUUUGACUGAUGGCGGCCCUACGGCAAUCGCAAGCAAUUCGAUAUUGUUGUGGACAAUGCUUUGGGGAUUUCUUGCUUUAGUUCUGUUCUUUAUGCGUCCAAAUUCUAUGCGAGGAAAUUCGAAUAGGAACGAAAAACCUGGACCGAGCAAUGAUCGCGCAUUCGCUCUCCGUUGCUUUCAACGAACGGUCUUAACAUCAUCUCUCGGAAUGGGUGACGAUCCUUGCGAGUGUCUUUUUAAUCAUGAGGCGGCUAUGAGACGACUGCUAUCACUGCUACGCGACACUCAGGACUAUUGCACAGAUUCGGAGUGUUUGACUGAUGGCGGCCCUACGGCAAUCGCAAGCAAUUCGAUAUUGUUGUGGACAAUGCUUUGGGGAUUUCUUGCUUUAGUUCUGUUCUUUAUGCGUCCAAAUUCUUGCGCACCGAGAAUUCGAAUGAACAAUCAACCACCACCGCCCGCAAUCAUGUGA